UUUUUGCGGUGCAUGUUUUGMUAUGUCUGUGMUUAUAAAAACCAAAUCAGGUCGCUUCACGAGUGUGAAUUUGCAAAAUAGKGAUGCAAAAUCUUUCACUUUCAAAGAAGUAAACAAACARGGAUGUCUGAACGGUUAUAUUCGAGGUGUUGUCUACAAGAAAUUUCCAGUUUUUGAGCAUUGCCUCUAUGGAAAACUACUUAAAAUGAUUUUGAUUGACAAGAAUGAUCAUGCUGAUGACAGCAGUGAUGAUGAUGUUGAUGUAUUUCAGUAUCCAGAACUUUCUUUUUUCACACGAGGAGAAGUAGCUGAAUUAUGUUCUACCAUCAGUAAAGGAGAUGUUGUCGUCUUGGAGCAACCAUUUGUUGAAAGAGUUAAUARGGCGAAUCCAGUUUACCAUCUUGCUGGUGACAAGAGACUGUCUGAYAUAUCAGUAUGGGUGCUGAAAAAGAAAGGUCCUUUAUUAAUUGUAAAAGGGCAUAAAACAGAAGCUGAAAUAGUKGGUGGAAGCCUUGAUACUGUUGGUAUCGGAAAUGAUAAAAGURCAGACAGCCCUSAAGAAGAAGUUGGUGAUCAGUCCAAUAAAGAACAGCUUUCGCCAUCAAUUUUGCAAGGCAAAAGAAUAUCAAUUAGUAGAGGACAAAGCAUWAAGAAACAUGUUGAAAAUGAUAGUGAGGAUUUUGUCCCUKCAAGAGUUACAAGAAGUGGAUUGUUACCUACAARCAACACUUCUAGAGUGACCAGGAGUACYAACUGUCAACAUGUUAGCAAAUCUCUAUCCACAAAURCAGAACAAUCRGAAAUAGUAAAGAAAAACCAUGAUAAAUCAAAAGGCAGUAACAAAAGUACAAGCAAGUMUAGAAAGAUCACAAAAAGUGUGGCAGCYAAAGAACUGACYAGUGAAAGYACAAAUGCUUCUGGUACUGAGCAGAGUAACAAAUCUAUAAAGUCACCAAUGGUUCUAAGAAAUAAAGAGAAAUUAAACGAGCACAGCUCACCAAGUAAUCAGAAUACUAUGAAAGGGAAUCAUAGUGAAUGUCCAAAAGCAAAAGGUAUUUCAGAGGAAAAGAAUCAAAGUCCAUUGUCUGAGGAAGAGCAAAGUGAUAAAUACCCACCUGUUUGCAAAAAAUCAAAACGAAAGCUCUUUGGACCUAAAGGAGUCUCAAGUACACCAAAAGAAAAUCCUAAAAUAUGCAAUGUUGUACUUGAAAGUAUCAAAAUGAAGAGAUCAAAUGCACAUGUMGURUUUUCUGRUGAAACCUCUGAUGAUGAAUCUGAAUGCACAACUCGGACAAAAAAGAAAAGUGGUCCAGAUCAAAGGAAUGCCAAAGGCUCACUACAACAAACUAACAAAGGAAGUCUUCGCCGCAGUCCAAGAUCACAUUUGCAGUUACCUAAUGUAGCAUCAYCUAGUGAAAGAAGUGAUGAUGAGAUUGUAUUUAAAAGUUACUCAGCAAAUACAUCAAAAACUGCUGAUAAGUCUGCUGAUAAGUCCCAGAAUAUUGUAAAACCACAAAAUGGUGUUUUUCCUGAUGAAGAAAGCAGUGAAAGCAACCAAUCAGCAACACCAAGCAGAUUAAUAAGUCCAAAACGAAAGAGAUUGAAUUCUGACAAAAAUGAAAUGGAUAACUCAGCUAAACUAGUAAGUCCUCGUAAAAGCCCUAGACUACAUGGGAAAUUACUUAAGAAUAAUACUAGUGAUAACUUACUUCAUCAAGUCCAAGACCAAUCAUCCAACGCUGUUUGUUCUGACAUUGAAAUGAGCCAAGAAAGCAAUAGCAGCAGCCAACCRCAAACGCCAAGUGGUUUGCUCCAAACAAACACACACAAAUUAACAAGUAGACAUAAUCAGGGAACUGAAUCACCAAGUACUCUUAAAAACCUAAGAMGUAAUGCUGAAGGGCAUGAUAUGAACAAAAACAAACAUGAAGCAAAAAAGGAUUGUCCAGCCAACAGAAGAAGUCCUCGACUUUGCUCAAAAGUGCAAGACAAAUUAUCCAAUGGUGUUUCCAUUGAUGAAUCAACCCAAAAAAGUGAAGAAGAUUCACAAACAAKCAGCCAACAAUCAACACCUAGUGGGAUGUUUCACACGAUGCAGAAACUCAAGCCAGAAGUAGCUGAUUGUCAGCCGCAUGAUACUCACACAGAGAGCACCUGUAAUGCCCAGAAUACGUCAAAUACAAGCACUACCCAGAAUUCAAUCAAUGUGAAUGCAUUUAGGGAUUCAUAUCAAGUCCCAAGUGGUUAUACCAAGCUGUCAAAUCUUCAACUGAAUACUGCCACUAACCUYUAUGGAGUUGUGAAAUAUUUCAAGCCUCCAUGGAAAUCCCGAGGUACAGACAUGUGCUCUGUUGUAGUUCUUGCCGACCCAUCAACAGAUGAACAGUUAGAGUGUGUCAUCUUUAAUAAAAAUGCUGCUCUUCUCCCACAAGUAAGGAGAAUUGGAGACAUAGUAYGUUUACACCGGGUCAACAUCAAAAAGUACAAGGAUAAAUUCCAAGGUUUAUCAGCAAGAGGUUUCUCCAGCAUUGUCUUCGAUCGAGAUGUUGCGCUUCCUGUUUCUCAAGAUGCAGCAAGGUUCUCUUCAWCAACCUUCACCUUUGGCAUUUCUGAUAUAAACAUGGUGAAAACACUGAAAGAAUGGCGAAUAUCCCAGGAUAGUCUCUUUGAACCAGCUAAAGUCCUGACUGUGUCAGAAGUACAACCAGAUUUGUACUUUGACAUUGUUUGUCAAGUGAAAGGACUUUCAAAGCAGAACAACCUUGACUGUGUCUGUCUUAAGGCUACAGAUGGUACUCAUCCACAGUAUGACAUUAAGAACUGUGAUAAUGAUGAUGCUUAUUCCACAGAAGUUUCAUUUGACCCUAAUCUCUGCCAGUUUACAACAUUUGAUGUUUUUCUUUAUGGUGAACAUGCAAUGCUGUUAUUAAACAUGAAGGUUUCAGAUGGCUGUAUACUCAUGCUCCAUAAUGUACAUUCUACAGUUGUCCAGGGGGGACCUGGUGUUAGUCUUCUUGAUGUUGUAGAGCCUUCCAUUGARCUAUUAGUUCAUCGUGGGUCUGAAUAUGGAAGAGGUCUUUCUAUUUUGAGCCAUAACAGCAGCUAUGCUCAGAUACUACUUAAAAGGCUUAAUAAGACAACUUGAACUGAAAUGCAAAUAAGAUGCAUUUUUGUCAACUGGACUAUCUUUUUCAGGCAAUUUAUAGUGUUUUAGUUAUAGUGACUUAAUUCAUGAUUUGUCUGUUUUGUCCAAAUUUACAUGAUUUUUGAAGGUCAAGAUCUGUUACUGAUGUGAUUAUGCCAGGAAAUCCAGAUUGUCAAUAUCAUAUAAAUAUCGACAUAAGACAGGAUAUGUAUGGAUUUGUCCCAGAAAGCAUAGGCACUUUUGUUUUUAUUGUCAAAAUGGUGAGAGUGUAUUUAUGACUAUCAAAAGAUGAAAAUAUUAUUAAAGAAAAUUUGGGAGA